AUGAUUACAGAAACUGCUAAUGCGGGAAGGCCGUUGUUUCCGGGAGCCGAUGUGGAUGAUCAGGUGAAGAGGAUUUUCAAAAUGCUUGGCACACCAACAGAUGAUACAUGGCCAUGCCUUUCGCAGCUUCCCGAUUUCAAGCCGAUGCCUCUUUAUCAUCCAUCUGUCACGUUUGGCCAAGUGGUGCCGAAUCUGUCAGCGAGAGGACGCGAUUUGCUUCAGGUCUGUGAAAUAAGAAUUAUUGAGAAUACCUAA